GAAUGGCGAACAAUUUGAAAAAGUUCCUGGUAGACGAUCUAAACGAUUACAUAGACAAAGCGGUAAUCGUUAAAUUGAUUGGUGGAAGAGAAGUUAAGGGUUUUCUGAAAAGCUACGAUAACAACUUCAAUUUGAUACUGAAAGGCGGGCAUGACUGGGAGUAUAGUAAUACACUGUUCUGUUUGGGUGCUUCUGUAAUAUCAAUUUGUGUUGAAUGAUGAUGUAUUAAAAGUUUAUGUUCGCUAA